CAGACAUCCAUCGCAUAUGUUUGCAGUCCGUCACAAAUGUCCUUUCUCGGCUGGCGUUAGAUUUCGAUCCCGGGCGAACAUAUCGGCAUGACUUCUGCAGCAUCGAGAGGCGUCUUUCCCCCAGACGAGGAUGCGCAGCCGCAGUGCAGGAAGAGGCGCGCGACGCAGGUGUCUCUCUUACCUUUCAGCGUGGAGGCGCUCAUGUCCGACAGGAAGAGGCCACGCGCGGACGGAGCCGAUAACGCCGCUGCGAAGGAGAGUUUCUACUCCAAUAGAAAACAGUCUCCCGCUCCGACCGGGUUCCCACGUGAAUCUGUACCUGCCAAAGCGGUCAAGUCCGAGCCGUGUGAAUUGGGGGACUGCGCGGCUUGGAUGUCCGGUGUCAAACUGUCCACAGCGAGCCGGCAGCUUAGCCCAACAGUCUGCUCUUUGAGGAAACACAAGACCAACCGUAAGCCUCGCACUCCCUUCACCACCCCCCAACUCCUGGCUCUGGAGAGGAAGUUUCGUCAGAAGCAGUACCUGUCCAUUGCCGAGCGGGCUGAGUUUUCCUCCUCGCUGGCUCUGUCUGAGACCCAGGUGAAGAUCUGGUUUCAGAACCGAAGGGCCAAGGCCAAGAGGCUCCAGGAGGCCGAGGUGGAGAAGCUUAAAAUGGCUGCUGCUGUAGGCACCAAACCGGUGUUCCACCCAGGCUUGUCGUCCAUGCUGUUUCCUCUCAGUGUUAACCUGCAGGUGGGGUCAUCACUGCUCUACGGACAGGGCUACCCAUACAGCCGCAGCUCCGCUCUGCCUGCUGCACAUCUGGCCAUGUACCCCUCGCCAGCUGGCUACAGUCUUUUCCCCCUCUCAUGAAAGGAACUAGCUUAAUAUGGAAGGAGGCUGGGGAUGCAUAAGAGGUGCAUGUAAAUUUGGAGGACAUUUGCAAUUUCAUUAAAUAAUGCACCUUAUGAAACAUCUGAUUCCUGCUUGUCUGUGAAAGACCUGACAUGGAUUUGAAUCUUUGUGAAUUGGUCUUCCGUCAACAGAAUCUCUAAAAUGUGUUUUUAUUUUGUGCACAAUGUACUAUGUACAAAGCAGCAAGGCUCUAUAGAAGGACAGUGAUACAGCUGUCCCGAUGGACUUUCUCUCUGCCACGGCGGUCUCAACGCUGUGGGCCCCUCACAGAGGCUGACUGGAGUACCGAUUUGGACAUUUUUUAUCUGGUUACUUUCGCAAAUGCCAACGUACAUUUAUG